GUGCGUAAAAAGGCGCGUCCUCGUCCGUGCGGACUAUCACGUUAUCUCUAUAUCCUUAGGGGAGGUAAAUAAAAGGUUUUGCCAAAGCACAGCAGUGAUGCAAAGUCUGGUAGGUGACUGCUCUCGCAGCAGCACACGUUUGUGACACGGACUUACAUGCCGGUCGGACUAGCUCUGGGAGCCGCGCACUGGGUUGUGUGUUGGACUUAUUGGAUUUGACCGGUGCUUUUAACUUGAGACAAGAGCGUGUGCUUAUAUUUAAACACACCAUGUUUUUAAAAGAUGUGGCACCUGUUUGCGAAUGUUGCAGAAAACGGGACUGCUUGCCUUGCUGUUGAUGGUGUUGGAAUGGACCCGACCAGGCCUACCUUCCCCACUGAGGCCCAUCUGUGACCUGAGGGUCCUGAACCAUUUCAUCAAGGAAGCACGAGACGCAGAAGUCGCUAUGAAGUCCUGUAGAGAAGGAUGCAGCCUGUCAGAGUCAGUUACUGUGCCCCAAACCACAGUUGACUUUGAAAUCUGGGAGAAGAAAAAUGGAUCGGAGCAAGCCCAGGAGGUGCAGUCUGGGUUAUAUCUCUUACAACAGGCCCUCAGCUUGCUACGGGCCUCAGUCACCGCCACAGCACUGCAAAGCCACAUAGAUAACUCCCUCAGAAACCUGCUCAGCAUCCAUGCUGUGCUGCGUAGCCUCAACAUCCAGGAAUACACCCCACCAGCAAGUGCAGCAGAGCUGGAGGGAACAUGGCUGGUGUCCACGGCAACAGAUUUGCUUCAAGUCCAUGUCAACUUUCUGCGAGGCAAAGUGCAUCUCCUUCUAUUGGAUGCACAGGCUUGUCAGCAAGAUGUCAGCUGAUCACCCUACUCUGGAUGAAGCUGAUUUGCGUUUCAGAAGGCAAGAGAAGGGACACUGUUGACCGGCACGUUGACUGCUGGAAGCACUGCGGACAGAGAGAAAGAUGCAGCCAUCCUCACCAACGGGGAUGAAGUGGGAAGGAGAGGACGGUCCCGGCUAAGCUUUGGAUGGACAGGAGAUGAUUGCACCUUGGGAUGUAAAUGUGAAACAUGGGACGAUUGUGAAGCACAUACUGACCACAAUGAGGCCUGUGUGAAGGACUGCUCCAAAAGCUGUUCUUUUGGCACUCUCUUGCACUUGUGUGUGUCUGUACUUGUGUGUGUGAGAGACUGCAAGUUUAAAUCUAUACACAGUGCCGGUCACCUCUUUACAGUGAAUUGUGAAGUAAAACACAGAAAAUAUUGAUUGCACCUGGAAAUUUGGAGGUCUGUGAGUUCGCAGCAGGGCAUCCAUUUCCAAUACCACUGC